ACUUUAUUAGUCUAUGGGAUGACCCCCUUCUCGUUUCCCCCCGUCGUCGAAGUCAUUCAGUUUCUGAGGCACCUUCACGGGCCAUGUCAAAGUCGAUGCCGAGCCGUCCAAACCACCAUACCCUUUCUCUCUUAACACCAGGCCAGUGCCGUCGCAAGACAUGCCAGAAUUCCCCCGAACAAACAGUUGUUAAAUCGAACCCUGGUCCCCCUUCCAUCCUUCUCUUCGCUGCUCGCGUCCGCGAUUUAUCUCGUCCCGAACAAAGCGCACGCACACCACCCCCAAAUAACCCUCUCCCGUUGUCUCGGGUCCCUCCUUGCCAUCCGCUCCAAUCAUUCUAUCCACAAGCGGCUCGACCGCUUCCCACGCCGCUUCGGGACUUUUCUGAUCUGACGGUUGGAAACAGACAAGGGUCCCUGAUUUGAAUCUUUCAUCCCUGGGAAGCUUUCUGACGUUGAGAAAGCCAAGGUUUAGAUUUGGAUCGCUUCGCAUUGCCAUUGUGCAUCGCCGUCAACUUCUCGACAAUUUGGACGCCUGUCGCA